GCGAAACGUCACUUUUGGUGUUUACACGAAGCACGCUUUUUCCAGCAUAAAUUCUUGUAAUUCCUCGGAAGUAUGUCGUGUCAAUUGGUGAAACAAGGGGCAGAGGGUAAACUGUACAUUGGAGAGUACAAUGGGCAAAAGUGCCUGGUGAAGGAGCGCUUCCAGAAGAAGUACCGGCAUCCGGAACUCGAUGCACAACUCACAAAGGAACGGAUCCGGGCUGAGGUGAAAACCAUUGAAAAGUGCUCCAAUCUCGGCAUCAGGACCCCUCGAGUGUAUGGAUUUGAUCUCAAUGAACGGAAGAUCUACAUGGAGUACUUUGAGGAUGCCGAAACGGCCAAGGAGUACAUAAACAACUUGCUUUCUUCCGAAGAAUCCCCAUCGGAAGUUGAUAAGAAGUUGGAAGAACUCGCCACGGAUGUUGGAAAGAUCCUGGGAAAGAUGCAUGAGAAUAAUCUCAUACAUGGAGAUCUAACCACGUCGAAUAUGCUAAUGAUCCCCCAGGAUAGUGGGAGCAAGGAAUUGGUAAUGAUUGACUUUGGACUCUCCAAGGGAAAUAGUACAAAUGAGGCAAAAGGAGUUGAUCUCUAUGUUCUCGAGAGAGCCCUUCUCAGCACCCACAGUGCAGCCCCGAAGCUCUUCUCCACCAUCCUUAAGGCCUACAGAGAGCACAACCGGAAGAACUCAGAAUCAGCUGUAGGCAAAUACGAGGAAGUCCGGGCAAGAGGGAGAAAAAGGACAAUGGUGGGAUAGAGAGGACAUCCGGGAUAUUUUUAUUUUUAAAGGUAAAAUAAAAUAAAUUUUAACCAA